CGGUUGUUGUGGCCCCGUGCAGCCAUUUUCCUAUGCUAUGCUAAACAGAAUAUUCGUCACAUUUAGCAAGCGUUAGCCGCCGUAGCUUGGCGUGUCUCGUUUUCUAAGGUUGAAAACAUGUCAAGACUGAGGUCAAGGUCACCCCAUUACAGGAGGUUCCCCUGGGAUGAACCUGACUUUAAUCCUCGGAAGGUUAUUGAAGAACUAGAUGGGAAUCCUCGGGACAGAGGCCACCACCCCAGAGAGGGUCCUGAAGACUUUAGGGAUCCUUACAGGGAGAAAAGGUACCCAGAAGGACCAAGAAGAUCUCCUUUCCAGGACGACUUUCACUUUAGGCAUCAGCGACAUCCAGACCACGACGAGUUUUACCACUGGAGGGCAUCACCCCCCCACGAUGCGAUGCACUUUGAAAACCAGAGGUUUUCCCCACGGGAUGAAGAAAGUUUUGAUGAUGACAGACGCCGAGGGGAAUUCAGAGAUGACUAUCAGAGAUUUGAUGACAGAGAGGGUGUGCCUCAGUCGCGGGGAAUGAGAGAAGGAUUGUCACCUACUCAGAGGUCUACCACAGACCACCAACAGAGGAAGGCUGGGAUGGGUUGGAGGAGAGAGGAGCAGGGCAGAGAUCAGGGAAGAUUUAGAGACUUUAGUCCAGGUAUGAGGUCUAGUGAGCAACGAGCUGGAGGCAUGGAAAAAGAAGGAAGGUUCCCACAACAUCCUAACAGAGGUAGACAAAAGGAGAACCAGCGUAACGACAGAGGUCCACCUUUUAAAAGACCAAGACGAGAAAUGGAGGUCGUCGAUCAUCCUGGGUACAGGGAUAUGGAGGACUUUGGGGAUCGUGGUUACUCUGUGGACAGACCCAAAGGUGGGUUUAGAGGUCGGAAUCGGGGAACCUUUUUCCGGGGAGACUCGGGACCAUUCGUUGAUGAGCACAGUCAUGAUGUAGAAAGUGGCAGGAAUCUGCCGGAGAUCAAAAACAUUGAAGAUCACAGACAUUAUGAUCCUAACUUUGAUCGCCAGAGGAGUCCCCGUUCAGUGGGUUCUUCCCAGGAACGUUUCAGAACGUCAACUGCCCGGUUCAGUGACAGGGAGGGCACCAGAGAGGGGCACUUUCAAGAUAAUUCAAGGGACUCCAACUAUCAUGAGCCAAGGGGAAGUCCAAAUGCUAUGAGAUUUGGUAACAAAGUAGGCCCUGCAAACUAUCGGGGCAGGGGGAGGGGGGGGUACAACCAAGGUCGGAGAGGAAGGUCUGGACCCCACAGGAAUCAACCACGAUGCCAAGAUCUCCCUCAGGGUGAGCAGAGAGAAGGUUCCCAACCCAUCAGGGAUGAUUAUAAAGAUCCUGUCGAGAAGGUGCCAAACUGGAAAGAUGAAAACAGACUCCAACAGUGGAGAGACAGUAGAUCCACAAGUCUGGAACAGAACCUACAGAGGGACGACUUAAACCCUGAAAGGCCCCCUCAGAGGAAACUAGGAUGGAACGAUCCGCAAACCAAUAACAUGAUGGUGAUAACAGAAGAAACGCUCACCAUCAAAGUGGACAUGAGUCGACCCGUUAAUCAGAACAGCCCUCUUUGCUACUCCUCGGACAGGCAGCUGUCUCUGGACCUGGUCAACGUGGGUCGCCAGCGCCUGGACUUCCUGCCUCUGUUGGAGCACUCGGGGACGUACCGGGAGACGGCCACCCACACCGGGGCUUUUGCACAGGAAAUCAUCACGUUGGUGCACUUGGUCAAAGAACAGUACUUCAAAGGUAACGGGGUCACCCUCAACCAGCGUUUCUCUGCUCCUCAGAAAGGAGGGCACUCUGAAGACAAGUUGGAGGAGCGGACGUUGAACCAGAGGUUCACUUCCAGCAGAGGCUUCAGUUUAGAUAUGGACUCACUUCUUGACGAUGAAGACGACGAGCCUCUGUUCUCCAGACUGGGAUCCAUGCAGGGUGUGAGCAAGCAGCCGCUACGAGGUCCAGGUGACCUCAGGCACGACCUGGAGAGGAGGCGACAGGAGAAGCUGGAGGCGGUUAAAGUUACCAUCACUGGGAGCAGCUUAUCCCAGUGUUCCCAGGGGUCGGUCAGUGAUCUGGACCUGACGCCUCCAAUGGACCGCGAAGGAUUCUCCGGCUGGCCGGGAGCGCAGAACAGGAGGCGAGAGGGCAGCAUGGGAUCCAGGAGGGGAGCUUAUAAUCGAGGUAAUAUGGGCCCACAACGGAAAACCAAUCAGUUUGGAAACCAGAGACAGAACAUGCACAGCAGACCUGCAGGUCCAAACUGGUGAUCAGAUCCUGGAGAGCUCUUCCAUCUAAAUCUGGGAUUGAUGACAGCAGCCAGUCAGUCGAAACAUUUCCCGUCACUCUGACGGUACAAGCAUAUUACUGUGAACAUGAGUCAGAUGGUUCUGUUCAUGUUCUCCAGCUUUUAUUUCCUCCUCCUUCCUUUGUUCUAGAUUAAAGCUGCUGGUCCACAGCAGAACCAACUGUAGAAUGUGUUCAGUAAUCAUGUUGACCCUCCAACGUGUUUUUAAUGAAAAAUAAACAGUAAAACCUG